CUUGCAUUGGAUGUUAGUACCAUGGUGCUCCUUUUCUAGCAGAAUCCAACCCUUACUAUGAACAUCUCUUUCUAUAAAUUACCAUCUAAAGCCACCCCUUUGGCCACCAAGCACCAAGCAAAACAACACAGUGAUAAAGAGAAGAUAUAGAAAAUGAAUGUUUGUAUCUCAACGGCAUCCUUGGUUGUGCUGCUGAUUCUGAUUUCAGCAAAUAGCUUGUGUUGUGAAGCACAACAGUGUCGUCCAAGUGGGAGAAUCAUAGGGAAGAAACCACCAGCAGGAGAAUGCAACCAAGAGAAUGAUUCAGAGUGUUGUGUGGAAGGGAAGACGUACACAACAUACAAAUGUUCUCCAGCAGUGUCUAGCAACACCAAGGCAGAACUCACUCUCAACAGUUUUGAAAAGGGUGGAGAUGGAGGAGGGCCUUCAGCAUGUGACAACAAGUACCAUUCUGAUGAUACACCAGUGGUUGCACUUUCCACCGGAUGGUUUAACAACAUGAGUAGGUGCCUCCACAAUGUUACCAUCACUGCAAAUGGCAAAAGUGUUGUGGCCAUGGUCGUUGACGAGUGUGACUCUACCAUGGGAUGUGAUCAAGACCAUGAUUAUCAACCUCCUUGUCCCAACAACAUUGUUGAUGCCUCCAAGGCUGUCUGGAAAGCCUUAGGUGUGCCUCACAGUCAGUGGGGUGGAUUGCAAAUUACAUGGGCUGAUGCUUAAUAUAAUGUUGUAAUACUAGUACAUGUCUUCUUUCUAUCUGCUGUGUUGUGCAUUCUGUAUUGUGUC